GGAGCACCGCCUGCUGAUGGUCGUCCGAAGAAAUCAGUGACAUUCUGAUAAUGAAACUACAACUGGUGUUUCCAGCUUUCUCACAUCCAGUUUUAUUUCCAGUCCCGGUGUAAAACAGCAGAGAGAGACUCAGUGUGUGUUUGUGUGUGAGAGAGGAAGGAAGAGGGAGGGAUUAAAAGAGGAAAGUGGAUAGGAGCUGAAGCUUCAGUUUUCUGAGCAUCUGGAUAUUUGGUUGGAGAUAGAAGAAGAAUUUGGAUGUAUGGACUAUUACCUGAAAGCAGAGGAAAACACCGAAAAAGUUCUGUAGAAGAAGAGUAGAGUAGAGGAGAAGUUAUUUUUCUAACGGGACAGGAGGACUGACCAGCAGGAAUGUUGCCGGUGAUCCUGACGGUUUACCUCAAUGACACCCAGCAGAUGCUAACUGAGGUCCCAGUUACUCCGGCAACCAGAGUGAUUGACGUUGUUGAAUACUGCAAAGAAGCCGGAGAGGGGGAGUGUCACCUGGCUGAGGUGUGGAAUGGGCACGAGCGUGUUCUCCCUCAGGAGGUGUUAUUGUUGGAUCUUCUCCAGCAGUGGGGAGCCAGGAGGCCAGAGGUCAGCUUCUACUUAAGACACUGCCCCUCCUGGACACAAGGAAGUCCGCAGCCUUUGGAGCCGAGCUGGACCACAGAAGCAACAGAGAGUGCUAAUGACAAGGUUCCCCGUGUGGAGCUGACCCUCUCUGAGCUGCAGGAAAUGGCCACAAGACAACAGCAACAAAUAGAGGCUCAGCAACAGAUGUUGGUCGCCAAGGAGCAGAGACUGAAAUAUCUUCACCAGGGAGGCAGAUCUCACCAGGGACAGACACAGUCUGAAGCUGAGAAGCUGCAGCGGCUGAAGGAGCGAGUGGAGACACAGGAAGCCAAGCUGAAGAAGAUCCGAGCCAUGAGAGGACAAGUCGACUACAGCAAACUGAUCAAUGGAAACCUCUCUGCAGAGAUUGACCAUGUUAGCAGCCUGUUCCAGGAGAAGCAGGCCGAACUGCAGUCUGCUGUGGUCCGAGUCGACCAGUUGAGCCAGCAGCUGGAGGAUUUGAGGAGAGGACGCCUUCAGCUCCACUCUGCUGCUCCAGCUCAGGGGGCACACACCGGGUCCCAGGGGGCACACACUGGCCAGAAAGGCUCACCUCUGUCUGGUCCUGCAGCCCUGGAACUGAGGAAACUCUACCAGGAGCUGCAGGCUCGUAACCGUCAUAACCUAGAGCAGAGCAGCAAGUUGGCCCAGAACAAGGAGCUGCUGAACAAGAGGAACACCCAGGUGACGGUGAUGGAUCAACGCAUCGGAGACCUGAGAGAACGACUGCAUAAGAAGAGAGCAGAAUUGAGUCGUAUGAAUGGAGGAGGCCUGUCCUCGCCUCAGACCUCUUCCCACCCAGGCGCUGGAGUGUCAGGGCGAGUAGCGGCUGUCUGCCCCUACAUCCAGGUUCCAGCGGAAGGAAGACAGGAGGCGGGGUACCCCCUGCCAGCUGACCCACCGGCCAAACCCAACCCGCUCAGCCACAUCCGCUCCCUCUCAGAGGAGGACAGAAGUGGCAUCAGGAAGCCUCCCAGCCAAUGGAAAGUGUCAGAUUUAGACAUCGUUCUGUCAGAGCCCACUGAGACGUGGGAGGGACCUGGGUCCCCUCAGGGGGGCCACAGUAACAACACUAAUGAAGCGUCAUGGCCGAGCAUCAGUAAGAGUGUGUCAGAUUGGAGGACCAACAGUCCAGAACAGCUUUCCUCUGGUUAUGGCACCUACCCCAGUGCCACCCACCAGGCAGCCGGGCAUCACUGUAGCACAAGCUCCUUGCCCCGUUCUGCCCCCGGUACACUGGGCUGGCCCCGAUCCAGUGCAAAUGCCCCCUCGUCCGCCUCUUCAUCAUCUUCCUCUUCACAACAAAUACAGCAUCGAAUCUCCGUCCCUCCAAAUUCAAGCCAAGGCUCCACCUCCCAACCAUCUCCCUUGUCCCCACAAACAGAGCGAACAGAUCCCCCUCCAGCAGUGGCUGUACGUCCCUACGUCCCGGACCACCCCUCCAGGCCCCAGUCCCCCAGGAAGGGCCCCGCCACCAUGAACAGCAGCUCCAUCUACAGCAUGUACCUCCAGCAGCCUCAGGCCAAAAACUAUGGAUCUCUCACUAAUAGGACUACUGUCAAAGCAGUCUAUGGUAAACCCAUCCUCCCCACCUCCUCCACCUCUCCGUCCCCUGUCCCUUUUCUCCAGGGAGGAGGCGUAAGAGCAGGAGGAGAGGAUGUUACAGACAAAGAAGGAGGGAAAGGAGGAGGAGAGAGUAGUGAUGGGCAAAUCCUCCCACCACCCACUGUGGACAACAUCCCUCGUCCUCUCAGUCCCACUAAACUCACCCCAGUUGCCCACUCCCAGCUACGUUACCAGAGUGAUGCUGACCUGGAGGUUCUCCGCCGACGCCUCAGCAAUGCUCCACGGCCCCUAAAGAAACGGAGCUCAAUUACAGAACCUGAGGGCCCACAGGGGCCCAACAUCCAAAAACUACUAUACCAGAGGUUCAACACGUUGGCGGGAGGCAUGGAAGGAGGCUCAGGUAAUACUUUCUACCAGCCUGACUGCCUUUUGGGUGAAGUGGACAACAUCCAUUCAGCUAAUGGGAACGUAGAACCUGGUGACAAGCAAGUCAGUACGGCUAUCGUGGAGGGAGAAGUUCAAAACCUGAAUUCGGGGUCCCAUCGCUUGUCCCCUCCUUCUGUUGCCAUUGAAACACCCAAAGAGACGACAGCAAAAGCAGAAACUACCAAUAAUGUGCCUCCACCGACCCAAAGCAGCCCAGCCCCUUCAGCUGAUAGGCCAGAGGACCAGAACAAUAACAACAAGAGAGGCUCUAGUCCUGCACACAGUUCUGUAGGCCACGCCUCCCCUUCAACAUCACCUCCUGCACCGCCUUCACUGCCUAAGGUGAAGAGAACCAACCUGAAGAAGCCGUCAUCAGAGCGAACAGGUCAUGGUCUGAGAGUGAAGUUUAACCCUCUAGCUCUGCUGCUGGACGCAUCCUUAGAGGGAGAGUUUGACCUGGUGCAGAGGAUUAUAUAUGAGGUGGAAAAUCCCAGUAUGCCUAACGACGAAGGCAUAACUCCUCUUCAUAAUGCUGUCUGCGCCGGCCAUCACCAUAUUGUGAAGUUCUUGCUGGACUUUGGAGUCAAUGUAAACGCGGCUGACAGUGACGGAUGGACUCCUCUGCACUGUGCAGCUUCAUGUAACAGCGUCCACCUCUGUAAGAUGCUGGUGGAGUCGGGGGCUGCCAUUUUCGCCACAACAAUUAGCGACGUGGAAACAGCGGCAGACAAAUGUGAAGAAAUGGAGGAGGGCUAUACACAGUGUUCUCAGUUCCUCUAUGGUGUCCAAGAAAAGUUGGGUGUGAUGAACAAAGGCUUGGUCUACACUCUCUGGGACUACACGGGCCAACAAGCCGAUGAGCUCUCCUUCAGCGAGGGUGACGCCCUCACCGUGCUGCGUCGUCGUGACGACACUGAGACAGAGUGGUGGUGGUCACGGCUUAACGACCGCGAGGGAUACAUACCCAGAAACCUUUUGGGGCUGUAUCCAAGGAUCAAACCCAGACAACGCUCACUGGCGUAAAGCCCAGAUCAGGAGCCACGUGCACACGCUUGCACAGGGAGCAUGCACACAGAGAAGAAGAGGAGCAGCAGCAGCAUGUGGGCGGAAGCAUUAGCCGAGGAAGAAAGAACAAAGGUAGUCAGAAGCAGAAACAAAGAAACAAAGAUAGAGCUCAUAGCUCUGAUGAAGCAACUUUUUUCUGUUUGUUUGGACGUGAUGCUGGAACCACAGAGCCACUUUAUGGUAGAUCCAUAAUAUAUUUUCACUCAGUUGCUGCAGAUAAAGGAAAUUGCCUGAAUUUUAUUUUGAUCAACAGUAGCUUGGCAACUUCACACGAGUUCAGCCGCAUGAGAGAAGCUGAAUAGGAAAAAAAAAAAAGAAAUAUCCAUAAUUUGGAUGCAGCUCUGAGUUCUUCCAGCUCAGAACAUGAGCUAGGAUUUAAAAGGCUGUAUCUGACACUCAUCCAAAUAAUCGAUCUUUGAAUGCAACUUUAUUUUUGUAUGGUGUUAAUGAAAAACACCCAGAUGGAUCUUUAUGAAGCCAAGCUCAACAACUGCACAGCAAUGCACAUAGUUUGUUGUCUGAAAACACUUUUGCACUGUGUGGUGAGAAGAUUUGAAUGCAGUACAUUUACAGGCUGGAUCAGGUAAAAGUAUGUGUGAGAAGUGAAGCUGGAGACAGGAAGUGAGAGGAGAGAACAGAGAGUGUGUGAAAGGAAGUCAGGGUUUUGUCAGGUUGUAGAUGGAGCAGCUAUUAGCAGUGUUAGUCAGGGAAAUGUUGGAAGUGCAACCACAAGACUAACAAAACAGAAUCCAGCAAGCUUAUGAUGCAUGGUGGCUGAGGUCCACAUCAACCCACACAAGCAACAGAUGUUGACAAUAUAAUGUUAUGGCAUGGUAAAAAAAAGCACCGAAAAAACUUUAGUUUGAACUGAUAUCAGAAGAAUAUUUGAAUUCUGAUUCCACAAAAUAAUAAAAGAAGCAUCUGUGAAUAAUUACAGACGUCUCAACCUUUUACUAUUCUGUAUUUAUGUUGACUCAGCACUGAUGCAUGAUUUCAUAUGAACAUCUGUUCAACUGCAAAAUGGUUGCUGCUGGUAAGAGAGGAGGAAAAGAGAAGGACAUAAGGAAACCAAGAAUGUGAGAAAUGUGUUUGUGAAAUAUAAAUGAUUUUGUGAAACCAAAGCAGCCACAACAUGGGAAGGAGGAGGUGACACUAUUUUACUCAUUAGAAUAACGCUUCUGUCAGUUUUUAUCCAAUAACAUACAAUACCUUGUGCAGAGUAGGGCCGGGCACAUAUUGGUCCUCAUACUGGGGCAAUACUGAUACCAGACUCAAACGCUAACAAUAUGAUAAAGCUGUGUGUCCAUCUACCGGAAGAUCAGUGGCAUAUUUGUUUUAAACAUGAGUUUAGAAGGUUGAAAAUACAAUUGUAUGCAUAUUCCAUGGGUAACUGCUGAAGUGUGAGAUCAACCUUACUUUCUCACUUAUUUUAUUUUAUUUGUUUUCAUAUUUACAUAUUUCAGUAGUUGUAUAAAAUGUAUUAUGCCCCUGAUUUGUUGGUUUAUUUAAACAAUUGUUUUUUCUAUUGCUAUUAUUGUUAUUAUUAGACACACUACUCUGGUUUCUUUGUGUCACUGCUGCCACCCAGUGUACAGAAAGGUUCUGACACAGAGCGUCAUUUCCUUUAACAUGCUGUGUAAAAUAUGAGGCAAUAAGUUAAGUGAUGUUUGAUGCGAGAAUGGCACAUUGGUGUGAAGAGUGUGAACCAUUACUUUGUGUAUAUGCAACCUGUAACUACAACAUGUACAAUAAUAAUAAAGAAAUUAUAAUCCCUGCAGAGAA